AUGGGAGUUGAAAUUCAAACAAUUAAAGAAGGUGAUGGAAGGAAACCAAAAGCGGGGUCCAUUGUUGUGAUUGAAUAUGUUGGAAAAUUGACUAAUGGUAAAAUAUUCGAUCAAAAUAAGAAAUUUCAAUGCCAAAUAGGUGUUGGUAAAUUAAUCACAGGAAUUCCUCAAUUAAGAGUUGGAGAAAAGGCUAUAUUGACAAUCUCUCCUGAUUAUGGAUACAAGGAAGCCGGCGUUCCUGGACUUGUAUGUAAAUUUAAAUAA